AUGAGCAAAAAAUCAGCUACAAAACAAGAUUCUGAGAGUAGCUAUGCUGAACGCGACAUAGUCCUCGCCAAAGUGCGCGGUUUCCCCCCCUGGCCGGGCAUGGUCGUUAACCCAGACAAGGUCCCUCCCGCUGUAGCCAAGGAACGCCCGACGGGCAAGAAGACGCCCUUCUUCUGCGUCAGGUUCUUCCCUGUUGGCGACUAUGCUUGGCUCGUAGCGAAAGAUAUAUCCAUGCUCAAGCGUCACGAGAUAGAGGCGUGGAUCAGCGAUCCCCCCAAGCGAUCGGGCGACCUCUUGAACGGGUAUCGCAUUGCUCUCAACCCCGAAAAGUGGGAGGAAGAAAAAUCCAACGCCGAGAUGGCCGCUGCCGAACAGGAGGGCAAUGCUGAGGUUGACCAGCUUGACAGUGAGGAAGAAGACGACGAUGCCCCGAAAAAGGUGAAGAAGAGAAAGAGAGACUCCGAGGCCGCGUCGUCGGUUAAGAGCACCAAGGUCAAACCCAGGAAAUCCGCUGGAAGCGUGAAGGGCAAGAAGAGCAAGUCCAAGGAUAUGGUCGAGUCUGAGGAUGAUGGCGAGAAUGACGCAGCUGAGGAAGAGGAUGCACCCCCUUCGAAGAAGAAGGCAGCCCCUCCUCCCUCAAAGAAAGCCAAGAAGGAUAAGGAUGGAGAUGAGGUUGAUCCCGCCUUGGAGAAGGACCCUGAAGCUCGUAAGGUUCGAGAGUGGAGACACAAACUGCAGAAAGCCCUGCUCAGCAAGAGCCCUCCGUCAAAUGACGAUAUGAUCGCUCUUGACCAGCUUUUCACCACUGUGGAGGCCUAUGAACAUGAAAACAUUAUCCAGUACCUCUCCUUCUCGAAGAUUGGCAAGGUUAUGCGACACAUCUUUGCCCUUCCCCCCGAGAAGGUCCCCCGGGAUGACGAAUUCAAGUUCAGACAGCGCGCCAAAGCCCUCGUGGACAAGUGGCAUGCCAUUCUCGGUGGCGAUAAGGCGAAUGAGAACGGGACUAAGAGUGGUGCAAAUGGGACAAACGGCACGCCAGCGAACGGCGUUGCUGCAGCGGACUCGAAGCCUCAAUCGAAAGCUGAGGCGAAGGCAAAUGCGGCGUCCAAUGCAAAUGGCACGGACGCUACAGCCGAAGGCUCUAACGAUUCUUCGGGUGAGGCUAAGAAAGAUGCUUCCUCGGAGGACGUGGCUAUGGCUUAG